AUGUAUCUAAAAGAAGUUGAUCGGGUCCUCAGACCUGGUGGAUAUUGGAUCUUGUCUGGACCUCCAAUUAAUUGGAAGACAUACUACAAAACGUGGAAGCGGUCUAAGGAGGAUGUCCAGACAGAGCAAAGACAGAUUGAAGCACUAGCUGAAAGUCUUUGCUGGGAGAAAAAGUAUGAGAAAGGAGAUAUGGCUAUUUGGAAGAAAAAAGUUAAUACAAAAUCCUGCAAAAGCAAGUCUGUCAAUGUAUGCCAGACAGAGGAUGCUGAUGAUGUCUGGUACAAGAAAAUGGACACAUGCGUAACCCCCUCUCCUGAGGUAACCAAUGCAAAUGAUGUAGCAGUGGGGGCAUUGAAGUUUCCUGCGAGGCUUUAUGCAGUCCCUCCUCGAAUAGCUAAUGGUUUAGUUGACGGAGUUACUACUGAAUCUUACCAAGAGGAUAAUAAACUUUGGAAAAAGCAUGUAAAUACUUACAAAAGAAUCAACAACUUGAUUGGCACUACCAGAUAUCGGAAUGUCAUGGAUAUGAAUGCAGGCCUUGGAGGAUUUGCAGCAGCCCUUGAAUCACGAAAAUCUUGGGUUAUGAAUGUGGUGCCUACAAUUGCAAAGAACACUUUGGGUGUUAUUUAUGAGAGAGGUCUCAUUGGCAUUUAUCAUGACUGGUGUGAAGGCUUCUCCACGUACCCAAGGUCGUAUGACCUUAUUCAUGCUAGUGGGGUGUUCAGCUUGUACAAGAACGAGUGCAAUCUGGAAGACAUCCUUCUGGAGAUGGACCGCAUCUUGCGGCCUGAAGGUACCGUCAUCUUCAGGGAUGAAGUUGAUGUCCUGAACAAGGUUAGGAAGAUCGUCGGGGGCAUGAGAUGGGAUGCCAAAAUUGUGGAUCAUGAGGAUGGCCCCCUUGUGCCAGAGAAGAUAUUGGUUGUCGUUAAACAGUACUGGGUUGCCGGCAGUGGAAACAGCACAUCCAAUGAUCAGUAA